AUGUCGAGUAUGAGUACCGAGGAAUUAUUGAAGAAACUCGACGAUCAACAUCAAGCUUACCUCGAGACAUUCAAACUUGUUCACGAUGCCUUAAAUAACAGCAUUACAAAUCCAAAUCCUGUUAGUGCGGCACCACAAAGUCCUGGUUCCAUUCGAACAUUUACAAAACGACGAAGAAGAUCUACCAAAGAUGAUGGUGACAUUCCCGAAGUACGACCAUCAACACUUCACAGCUCUGUUUUAUCAGGGGACAGCGACGAUAGUGAUGAUGAUGACGAUUUAUAUGUCCAAACACCGCUCGCACCUUUCAAAUAUGACGAAGAACAAUUGCGACAGCAUUUCAGAACUUAUAAUUUCACAGAUGCUGGUCAUAUAAUUCUGGAAAGUGUGAUUACGAAAAACGGACGACUUCUAGAUCCUGUUUUGUUUCCAGAUUAUCAUAGAGCUGAUCGAUCUCAUAAUUCCCAUUAUUCUGUGUUUGAUGUUGGAAAAGAUGGUGCUCCUUUAUCUAGAAGAGAUGUAGUGAAACCGGGUACUACUAAAAUUGAUUCUGCUAUAUGGCAAGCGGUUAAAGACUUAAAUAGCGAUCCCGAAUCGCUCCGGCCGGCUGUUGGUAGGAUAACAAUUGUUCGAGAACCAUCUCCUGUCGUACUUGGGGCCUUACAUCUCACUUUGAAUAAGACUUUUGACAUGGAUGAAUUAUUCAAUUACUUAGUCUCCGACGAAGUUACAUCUGCCAAUAUCAUGCGAAGACCUUUCUCCGCUGAUAGCCGACAACAAAAGACCUUUGUUUUUAACUUUGAGUACUGGACAAUCGUGGGGGAAGAAUGUCAACCAAUGCCUUGGCAACUGUCUGAUAAGACCCCAAGUACUUCAAAAGAUCAUAUCCCUAUAUCGAGAUGUAACUCCGUCGUAGCUCUCUCCUUAUCUGGUGAUCCCAUACGAAAGUUGAGAAAUCCUGCCAGGCGUGCUAGAACCGACUAUGGAUAUGUCUAUGACCCAUGGGCAGCAUGGCAUGUUCUCAAUGUUCAAUGCUACCCGGAUCAUCGACAUACUAUGGAUGUCCAUGAUUCAACCAAGCAUUAUGUAAAUGGACCGGAAGCUUUUCUUCAUACACUGCUCUCGGAAUUUAGAGAUGCAGAAAAAAGAUUCGAGGCAAUAUACAUGAUGAUCAGUAAACUCGUGUCACCACCAGCAAAUUUUAUGUUCGAUGGAGAAAUUAGAGAUAAAUUACUUUUCGAAGAUGAAGAAUUCACCUAUUCCCGUCGCUAUUUCUGGGCCUAUCAAACACUCGGUCUAUUGAAAAAUGGACUUAAAGCCAUGAUGGAUAGUUACGAAGACACCUUUACCGAUGAUGUUUGGGAGGGAAAACACAAGACUUUAUGGCCAAUGUUGGAUCCAGACUCCCACCGGAAUAAAUACUGGCAAAAACGCAUGCAAAAACUAAAAAUAGAUUUCGAAAAGCAGAUGGCUAAUUUAUUCAAACUUUAUGAGGAAACAGAUGAAAAGAUGAAGGAGAUUAGAACUUUGAGGGAUCAACUUUUCUCGGGUACAAGUGUUUUGGAAAGUAGAAAGAGUGUGGAGAUGGCCGCGGUGACUAUAUUACAGGGUCACAAUAUCAAACUAUUGACUAUGGUUUCGAUAUUCUUCCUUCCCCUCACUUUUGUAACCUCGGUAUAUGGUAUGACGAAUAUGACCACUGAUCAUGAUUUCACUCCUUUCGCUAUAACGAUGGCGACUGUCUGUGUUCCUUUCUUCUUUUUAGUCGGAGCAUUGAAUACUACCAGUGGUAUGCAAUUUUGGAGAGUAAGGUGGUAUAGAUUUUUGGGAUGGUUUGGACAACAAGGUAUUCACUCAUCAUCGUCAUCACCGUCAACAUCGGCGGCCACUAAGACUUCAUCAUUGAUGGGAGACCCCUCACAAUCAUAUCCUAGUACAAGUUCAAGCUCCAUAAAUAUCAACAACGAUAAACCUAAACCUCUUCCACACUCGUAUUCAAUCAAUACCGCUCAAUCUCUUGCAUCUCGGAAAGAGCUUACCUCGAAUACUAAUCAUCAAUCUCCAAUAAAGUCACCUUUUUCUCCAUCAACUACGCCAUCUAUGAAUUCGAUUCCAGAGCAUCCAUUAACAAUGCCAAUGACGUCUUACACACCUAUACAAAGACCUAAAUACACUUCGAUAUCUUCAAUCGAUACCAUUACAGCAACAACUGGUCCGAGACCUAGCUUGACAAGAAGUGCGAGUUGGUGGGAUAUGGCUCUGAAAAAGGGAAAAAGGACUGUCAGUUCUAGAGGGGAGGGAUUUGGUGGAGUGUGAAUUGAAGCGGAUUUUUGAGUAGCCGAACCAACCUUGACCUCCGUUGAUUUAAGCGGCAAUGUUUCAUUGUUUGCCUCGGAAGUUAGGAACACUCCAACCUUACUCAAAUUUGGUCCGCCUGAUGUUGGAGAUAUGGGGUACUCGGCCGAGGAUAUUUCUGGCGUUCCUCUUGUCAAGCCAAUAAGAUCCAAGAAUCGGUUUCUGAUGUGCUCACUGAUGCUAUGAUAUCUCGGAUUAUUUUUCAGGGAGUAGCAUUGAAAGUUCAUUCAAUUCCACCAUCCACAUGAAUUAGGUUGUCUUUUCCCCUCAUAUAUAUUGCGAUCCAGAUAGGAAUCUGAGAUUGAUUCUUGAUAAUGGACUCGACCGGCGAACACAAUUCGGAGGGAACUCAUUAUUUCAUGGGUAUUCAAGACAGUGGUGUUAGAAUGAUGGACAAAAGCAAAGGAAAAAACUUAUUGGCGGGGUAAAUUGAGGAAAUUGACACGGAGAAUUCUGGGGAGGGAGCCAAAGUGGGGUAACAUGAUUUUAUCAUUGGAACCUAAAUCUCACUGGUACAUCGAUUUCUUCUGUCUGCUCUUUCUUUAUUCACGAGGUAUAACAUUCACCAUCAAACUACAUUCUUCUUUGGUAAGAAAAUAUCCGAAAUCAUGCAUCACUAGCAAUCAAUUUUGUUCAAGUGCAUAUCAAAAGUCUUGCAUUGCAGAAAGUACAGAGUUUGCUAUGACCCAAUCUUCCGUACCAUAUCUAUGUCCACCGUCCCAUGUACUAUCUUCCAACAACCAUGAGAUCCUUCCGACGCCGACUCCCACGCCGACGCCCAUGCCCACGCCCUCGACCACUGGCAAGUUGCUAGUAAUCAAUGAUGCGUCUAAUUGCGAAAGCUUAACCAGCCAGUUUCGGAGUUGCUUUUUCGUCAUUAACGGGUUCCUCAACAGGUGCUUGAUUUUUAACACUACCACCCGCGGUACCAACAUAUACUGGCAGAGCCGGAAUAGAUCCUGGUUGAUGCCACAUACUCAUCAUAUAUUUGCAUUGCCUACAAGGGCGAAUGGCCGAGACAGAUCCAUAUUGAGUGGUGUGGCAUGAUAAGCAGUACCAAGUGGAUUGAUAUCGUUGGGCUUAGUGUGAUGUUAAAGAUCGUGUUUAUGCUGUAGAUGUUCUUAUGUCGGGGCUUCGAAUAAACAUGGGAAGAUUGUGGGCAAUCUCGCAAUCUGUUAAAUAACUGGGUAAUGAUGCGUUUCGAUUGCCUGGAGAUUGGUAGCAAUUGUUAAUGGAAAUAAUGGACUGUUUUGGCGCAUAGAACAGAGCUGUUCUGAGGCAUUCAGAUUUGGUCAUUGUGUAUGAAUCACCGUGUUGAGGUUGUAGGGUGAUUUUGAUUGUCUAUUCACAAAUAAUUACAUG